AUGUUCAGCAACAUUUUGGCUUGUCUUUUUUAUCUGAUAAACCCGCUUACGAACUUAUCCCUUCAUCCGAUUCAACCUCAGGAGAGACUCAGACCGGGACAUAAUCAACAACCCAUCGCUCCCGACGGUACCUGGGAUAAUAUCAUCACCGGCCAUUAUGGAGUCCCUCCCUUGCUAAAGGUCCACGACAGAACUGGUGCGGUGAAAUGGACCUGGGAACGAAGCAAUGUCAAGCAGUAUCUUCCUCCAGAGCUUAAACACUGUCUCUGGAACAGGGCCAACGACGCCACGGAACUCAAAUGGAUCAGAAACGGAACCAGUGUUGCUGCCGUAUACAGCAACAUCGCCAUGAUCGUCAACUAUACCCCUGACAACCCGGAGACGGACAAGAUCAUCACCUGGGCAGUGUGCAGAGACAAUGACUUCUUGUGGAACGCGCAUACCUUGGAGCUGCUACCUGGAAAUAGAAUCGCCGUGGGCACCACCGGUCAACGAUCCUGGGAUGGUAUUCUCGUCUAUGAUGCCAACCCGGAGAACCCGUUGGUCGAUGAUCCACCAAUCCUGCAGAACGUUACCGGCCUUCGUGCCAUCCACGGCAUGAUUUGGGACGAGACGGAACGGAUGCUUUGGGCAGUAGGAACCGACUAUGCCGCCGAUGGUUCAGACAACACACCCGCCUAUGGAACCCUACAGGGCUAUAACUUUGACAAUCCCACAGGCCUGCUUCUCGAGGACGAGUCCCAAAUCUUCAAAAUGCCACAUGCAUUCGACCAGGAGACCGAAUGGGGAAAGGGAUACAGCUGGUGGGUUGGACCGCACGAUCUCGUCCCUGUUCCUAAUGAGCGAACGUUUCUCAUUUCCGAUGAUCGCGAUUUACACGCUUUCGACCUGGAAACUCGUCAGUGGACUGUGGAAGGAGAGGCCGUGAUUGAUAAAUACAUGAGAGGGUUCGAGACUACCACCAUCGAUCGCUAUGGUUACAACCGCGCUGGAGAGUUUGAGGAACUGCCCCGAUCUGACCUGAAGAGUUUCAGUCUGGCCGGGGAUGGAAGCUUUAUCUAUGUUCAGGCUCUGUACCGGGAGUGGCGAGGCAACCAUACCAACAUCGUGGUUAACGGGGUGAACAUGAACAUCAACGAGGGGGAUGAAAUCUACCGAUCGCGAUGGUUUGCAGACAUUCCUGGCUGGCCGAAGCCGGUUGAUUAA